UCAUUACUAAUUUACUCAGAAUAAUUCAUACAUUAAUUGAUUCAACAUUUGAUUGAAACUAAUUUAUGGCAAAUGUUUUGUUCACUACUUUUGAUGACUGAAUGAAAGUGUGGUUUGAAUGCAAUUUAUGCGAUUGUUUUGAAUCGACUUUAAGUGGCGUUUGAGACAUGGAUUUGAGGCUUAUCUCCAACUAUAGCCUAAGAAGUGAUGCAACGCUUCAGAAAGAGACAAUUGAAUACUUCGAGCGCUUAAAGAGCGAUGAAUUCGGUUGGAAGUUAUGUGUGGACUGUCUUGUGUCCAAUCAAGUGGUGGACGAAUCGGCCGUUUUCUUCUGCCUUCAGGUCAUCGAGAAUUACAUCAAAACCAGGUAUUCGAGUGAUAGCGAUGAGAGGAGAGCUGUGUUGAGACGAUUCAUCUUCGAGUGGUUUAAUUGCAACCACUUUUCGUCGAAUUAUAUUCUCAACAAAUUGGCAUAUAUUGUGAAUUCAGUCUUUUUGCUCGACUUUCCGCUCCAGAAGUGGAACACAUUCUUCGCCGACAUCUUAAGCGUGUGUCAGAACCAACAGAAUUGUGAUCUUUUUCUUAGAAUUUUGCUCCAAAUCAAUGGAGACGUCGCCGACAGAGAGAUUCCCAGAAGUGCUAAGGAAAUGGAAAGAAAUACCAUUAUUAAGGAUCUCAUGCGAGAGACUUGUCUCCAAGAAUUGGCUGAUUUCUGGCUCAAUGUUAUUAACACUUACCGCGACUCGAGUCCAACGACAGUGUGUUUAUGUGUGGAAGUGAUCGGCGCUUAUGUGGCGUGGAUUGACAUCAAUCUGAUAACCAACGACUCAAUUAUGACUAAUUUAUUUAAUUUAUUCCCAAUCGACACAUUCCGAUGCUCUGUCACCGACUGUUUUAAUGGUAUUCUGCAUAAAGGGAUGGACUCUUUAGCCAAAACCCAACUCAUCGAGCAAUUCAUGAAUGUCGAGUCAAUCAAACAUAAAUUGCUUCUCAUUUGCGACUCAACUCAUGCCAAUGAAAGCCAAGGCAACGACAGCUUAUUUACUGUGAAGUUCUCUAAACUAAUGAACACUAUUGGCAUCGAAUUGAUCGAAGCGUUCAAAAAGUUUAAAACUAAAAAUGAUUUAAAUAAUCCACAACUCGACAAGAGUUGGAACAUUCAGGCGCUGUCCUAUAUAUCGGAUGCAAUUGAGUCUAAAUUCACCGUUUUGUGCCAAUUCUUAUCACAUAAAAACAAUUUAGUGUCACUUCAAAUACAUCCCUUCACUCGAGAGUACAUACAAUGGGCCAAAAACUCGUUGACCAAAAAGGAGAGCAACAGUACGGCUGUUGUCGACAAGACAUUAGAGGAGAAAAUGUUAAUAUUUUUGCGCAUAAUCAUUGAGAAGUGUAAAUAUCCAAUGGAUCACGACUUCAGUCUCGAAGAAGAGACCACUUUCGACGAGUUCCGCAAGUCUUGUAAAGUACUGUUCGAUAACCUAAUGCUUCUUAACUCUUCGGUUGUGAUUCAAACGAUAUGCAGUCAACUCAUCGAACCAUUGCUUAUGAAUUGGCGAAUGUCUGCCAAUAGCUAUUCAUUCGCAGACAUCGAGAUAUGUCUCUACUAUUUCUAUCUAAUCGGAGAAAACCUAAGUUUUCUCAACGAUACAAAACGUAUUGAAAUUUUGCUCCAAUUAUUGAUCACUUCGUCGAUCUCUACUUAUCCCCACUCUUACACGCAAUCCAUUUAUUUUGAUUUAAUUUUAAGAUACGAAAAGUUUUUCGCAAAUAAUCUGAAUUAUUUGGUGCCACAGAUUCUGAUCUCAUUUCUGGACGAACGCGGCUUUAAGAACAAUAGCCCUAAAAUGAGGAGUAAAGUCGCGCUUAUGUUCAAUAAGUUCGUCAAAUCUCAGAUCAAAUCCAAAGCUAAUGACAAACAACAGAACUUUACUGAAGACAUUCUCAAACGACUGCAAGACUUCCUCAAACUGGACAUCAUUGCGACCGAAACGGACGACACGACUAACGCAGUGCUCACUAAAGCAAAGAAUGUCAAUAUUUUCGAUGACAUCCGUUAUUCCAUUACAAUUGAGGAUCAGUUGAAUGUUUACGAAACGGUUUCCAUUCUAAUCAUUUCCAAUCAACACUUCGAUUGCAACCGAAAACAGUUUUUAAUGAAGACUUUAUUAAUUAAUCCAAUUUGGGAUAAAUUUGAAGACAUCUGUUUAAAGCUGUCCAAUGAGGUGAACGCUGAAAAGGGCAAAGUGCCCAAUGAAUCGAACCAAUUGCUUGUUAAACAAUAUUGCAAUCAAGUCUCGCAUCUCAUAUCACUGGCCGCCCGAACCUCCAAAGCCUUCUCUAAUAUACAUACUAUUAAAUCUAUUGGACUGCAAGAACUAUAUAUCCAAUCAUUUAACCUCUUUGUGAAAUCGUUGAGUUUAGGGCUUAACGAAGAUAUGCUUUUCAUAAUCCAGUCGUCGACGCGUCAAUUCCUGCACCGCUGUGUCGUAUGUCUCGAUGAGAGCGAUAUCGUGCCACUCCUUCCCUCUGCCAUUCAAAGUCUGUUUCUGCUCUCACAAGAGCUCAACACCAAAACACUGCAAGAAUUGAUUCCACUUCUCAAUCAAGUGGUCACUAAAUUCAAGCACUCGUGGCUUUUCCAAAGAGAUUUGACGCCAUUCUUCAAACAAAUCCUAUCGCCUUUGAUUCUCUCCUGCUUUUCAGUUAUCGCUCAGACCGUCAAUAAUGAAGAAAAGCUAUCAAUUCAGAAGUCUUACUACUCUUUGCUAUCAAUUCUUGUCACUAAUAAUAUUAUGGAUCCAUUCCUUGCAAUCGAGAUGCCUCUAAUGGAACAGAUCUUAAUCACAGUAUUUCAGGGAUCCAUUGAUUUCCCCGAUGCUGUCACACAACGAGUUUGUUUCCAAAUUCUCCGCAAAUUUGUUGAAUUUUAUGGCAAUUCAAGUGAAGGAGCGAUCAGUGAUAAGGAGGUAAAGGUGGCGGAGAAUGAGGCUCAAAGUGUGGGCAGCAAUGAAUUCGUACAAUUCAUAUACAAGUCUAUAAUCCCGGCCUGUUUUGUGGCCCCCAUUCGUCAAAACUCUGACUCGCAAUUAGUCAAUGAGUGUUUGUCUUGUCUUAAGACAAUUCAGUCAACGCGAGGCACCCCUGAGUUGUCCGCAUACCUGUCCUCUCAGUUCUUUCCCCAACAUUUCCCAAAUUAUAUCAAUAUCUCU